CUCUUUAUUUCCCUAUAUAAACAAGUUUCUCUACUCAUUUGUCCUUUUACAUGUUGAUAUUGCUAAAUAAAUGCUUGAACAUAAAAGUGAAGACUACUGCAAAGAUAACUGCAACAAAAAAGAUAUGGGAAACAAGGCAAUGUUUCAAUUCGGUUAAUGGUUUAUUCAUCGAUCAACGAACUUUGUUCACACAUUGAGUAGUACAAAUCACAAGACUUCAAGACACAGAUCAAGUUCCUAUAAACAGCUUCCAUUGUUUUCUGUCUCUUCUCUUCUUUUUUUUUUGGUUUUGAAUUGAAUUCUCUUCUAUGAACAAAACGCUUCUCUCAUCCAAAAAUGAGUAUUGGCGAUUGGCUUUACAUCAAACAUGUUGCAAGCGAAAAAAUAGUGUCCUGUUCUAUUGUAAAUCAAGAUACACAAGUCUUUGUUGUAAAGCCUCAAUUCUCGGAUAACGAGUUAUGGCGCUGGGAUGGUCAAUAUUUAUUAAAUAAAAGCACUGGUCUUGUCUUGGAUAUCCGUAAAGGUCGACUUCGAUUUAUUGAAGAUACCGAGAUUUGCUUAUGUUCUAAAGAAGAUUUAGUCAAUCAAUUAUGGUUUGUCAAUACAGACUAUAAGCCUGCUCGUCAUCUUUUUGGUAGAGAAAUCCGAGCAAAGACUCCUCUUGGGAACACUAUUCAUUCUGUCAGCAAUAGUGAUUGGGUUCUUGAAGUCUGUGCUAAACAAGAAAAAGUCAUUUUGUUCCCUUUACAUAGCGACCCUUCAAAACGCCAACAACAGAGAUGGGAAUUUAUUCCUGAAGAAGACAUGCAUUCGAAUGAAGACGAAGAGCCUGGUUUGCUUUUCGAAAUUGAAUCUGUCAAUUCAAGUAUUGUUACACCUGUUGAUUAUUAUAGUCCUGCGCCUUCUAUCUCUACUCAAUGUGAUUCUUCUAAAUUUGCUUAUGGAUUAACUCCAGCUAGAAAACGAGGAUCCUCUCAAUCUUCUGUCUCUUCAGGUCGUAAACAAAGUGUAGAAGAUAUGUUUAAUUGUCAACAUUUCCUUUAUCAUCCUAAACAAUUUUGAAUAAUAAAACUAAUGCCUUAUUUACUGAA